AUGAACUUCUCAAGUGUCGUUUUCGGAGAUACAAAGGGCACUAACGGCGAAAUCCCGGGAUCGGAGCGGCAACCGCAUGGGAUCCUAGAGGACGGAACAUCUGCUGACCUCAACAUCAACAACAGUAUCAAUUUAGAUGCAUCGCAGCAGACAAACCUCACGUUUCUAGAUGUUCUCGGUCUUCUUAGGCAGUAUGCGGUACCUUCUGUCGAUUUACAACAUGCCGUUGGCACUGUUUUGUCGCCGGACGGCGAUGUUACAUCCAAAGAAGAAGAGAUAGGCCAAUCCGUUCAAGCUCGUCAUCACAGUCACGUUUUAGGCGGUGGUUAUAGUGCGGUAGUACUCCGACACUCCACAAAGGAUGAUAUCUACGAAGUCAGUAGCGAUCAAGACCUCCGCACUGGAAGGCAUCCUGUGGUUGUGACAAGAGCAGGAACUAUAGUUGCGUUCAAAAAGAUCUCACCAAGACCAUCAACUCAGGGUGCGAGCGAAGAAACUCUCAUCUCCGAAGCGUUUAGCACUAUCUGCAGAGAGAUAGAAGUAUGUCGACAUCCGCUACUCCUGGACCACGAGAACAUCUGCAAACUUCACUAUGUUGCUUGGACGCUGAAUGAGACUCUCCCAUGGAUUGCGCUGGAGUUUGCCAUAUAUGGGACUCUAGAAGACAUCCUUACUGCGCCGGGAGAGGGUCCUACGACCAAACAAAAGCUCAACCUUACCAUCGACAUCGCCCUGGGUCUUGCAGCACUACAUCACACUGGUAUCGUCCAUGGCGAUCUCAAACCGGCGAACAUCCUGGUGAAUGGCCAUCCCACACGGCAGAUAGUUGGGCAGUUGUCUGACUUCGGCGGCAGUGCAAAAUUUGGAGAAACGAGUCCCAGUAUCGCCACUCGGCUUUGGCUGGCACCAGAAGCCUGCACAUCAUGUCCCAAUAUUGAUUGGAAGCUAGCGGAUACAUGGUCAUACGGCCUUGUCGUGGCUAGUAUCUGGAGCUGUUUUCCGCAACCUCAGAAGGCACAAAGUUCUUGUUAUCUUGAACAGCUUCUGGCCGAAGGUCUUGAGUCUCAAGUGCAAGAUGCCCGCAUCUUGCUCCUCAAAGUUGAGCCCGAUCCAAGUCCUGAGAGUCUCAUCUCCCGAUGUGGAACGUUCCCGUCCCCAGUAGCAAAAGUCCUCAGUAUGGUUCUAUCUUGCCAAAGUGCAAACAGGAAAACAAUCGAAGCUCUUGUCAACCAAGACCUAGAUAUGUGCUUUUCUGCGUUGGGUCGAGAGCAAGUAUUGAUUUCAUCAAUGUAG